GUCAGCCUGACGCUGUUUGCUGUGAGAAGAUGCUUGUGUUCCCUCGAGAGCCCUCGAGACCGGUGCGCACAGUCGGACGGCACGUUUGCACCAAGAGCUGUCAGCCAGCCACUGUUAACAAGCCCUGAACGCUGGCCUCUGAGCUGCUGAGAGCAGAGCGGGGUCUUCUCACGGCUUGGGACCUGGAGCCAAACAAAAGCAGCCUUGCGGAGGGGGCCGGGCCGGGGGUCCCCUCCCACCUGCAAGCAGCUGACUCGGUUUCCCCAGGGCUGGGAGGUGGUCCGUGCUGUUUCUCCACCCGAUGGCUGCAGUGCCGCCGCGUGCUCGCUGUUGGCUUCAGCUCCAGUGUGGGAAGGCAGGUCGCCCCGUUUCUGGCAGGAAGAAGGAGAGGCACAUGCUUGUCAUUUGAGCAGGUUUUAACAGCCUUGGGAGGGUUGGCACUGCUUUGAAUUUGCCCAUUGUACUUGUCACCGCGAAUAAAGACUCCCACCACUGCUCUGACUCCCGCCUUUCCCAGGCUGCUCUGGGCUGGUUCCUGACCCUUGUGCCUGGGCUUGGUCCUUGGCUGUGCCUGGCCCUCCUGGUCUUGUCUCCGGAGGCUGGCGUUGGUCCCCAGCAGUUUCCUUGUGGGCCAAGGCCAGAGGCUGGAGCCCUCACUUCAGUGGGAGGGGAGGGGACAGGGACGGAGAAGGCGUUCUCCCCACCUUUGCCCUACUCACAUGAAGGGGUUUUGGGGAGCUCCGUGCUAGCCUGGAUGCCAGAGAAGAGAAGCGUUCCCAGCCGGACGCGGGGACUGCCGCGGGGACUGGCAGAGGCUGGCGUGGCCGCUGUGACCUUGGCUGCGUCACUGGGUCUCGGGCUCUGCCUCCACCCUGGCCCUGGCGUGCCUGGGGCUCUGCUGCCCUUCCGCGCUCCCUGGAGUCGUUCCAUCGGACUCGUCAGGCUUGAACCGCGAGGAUCCCGUCCUUGUGUGAUCUGCACCCAGCACGCGCUGAGCUCCACGUGGGCCGUGGCACUGCGCCGUGUGGCCCUGUAUGGCCUCAGCCUGCUGGCACCACCUGCCGUGGCUGGGCGAGCUCACAGGGCUUGCAGUGGAAGAGCGCAGCGUUGAAGCAGGAAACCCCCUCGCCGACAGACCUGCAGUGGCUCUGGACAGGGCUUUGGCUUUGUGCGUGGUUGCUAGUGUUUGUGGGGAAGCUCCAAGGCCACCAUGACCUGCCUUGCAUGAAGGGGCCCCUGGGCUCUAAGUGGGAGAGGGGACAGGUGCAGCCCCGCCCUCUGCCAUGGAGGCAGGUUCCAGGCAGGCUCCCUGUGGACUAGGGGCGGUCUAAGGGGAAUACAUAGACUGAGGGCAGUGUGGCGCAUGCUACGGCCCAGAGGGUGUCCUGCUCACAGAUACCCAUGUGUACCACGUGGGCUGUCUCCGGCCCCUGAGAAAAUGAGUGGCGAGGCUGGUUUUGCGAACUGGAUCCUGGUGCGGGCUCCGCCCCCUUCCCCCUCCCCCGGACCCAGCUGACGUCACCUGGGCGGGGCGGGCGCGAUGCUGAACAGGUCUCCUUGCCUCCACCUCUCCCAGGAUAGCACAGUCCCAGCUGCAUGCCGUCCUGCCAGGCUGCCAGCCCCUCCCUGCCCGGGGCAGCCCAGCCUUGAGGGAGAUGGAGCCCAAGGACCAGCCGCUGGUGGUAGCGCUCCGAAUCCGUCCACUCAGUGACGCAGAGCUGCAGGAGGGAGCCACAGUCAUCGCUCACAAAGUGGGGGAGCAGGUGCUGGUGCUCACGGACCCCAGUGAGGACGCUGAGGACCCACUGCGUGCCCACCGGUCCCGGGAGCGCACCUUCAUCUUCGACACCGUGUUUGACCAGCACGCCUCCCAGGAGGAAGUGUACUGUGCCACCACCCAGCGUCUGGUAGAAGGCAUCAUCUCUGGGUACAACGCCACGGUGUUUGCCUAUGGCCCCUCAGGUGCCGGGAAGACGCACACCAUGCUGGGCAUGGACGCGGAGCCCGGCAUCUACCUGCAGACCCUCACUGACCUCUUCGAGGCCAUCGAGGGGACCCGCGAUGUCACUGACUGCAGUGUGUCCAUGUCCUACUUUGAGAUCUACAACGAAGUGAUCCGGGACCUCCUGAACCCGUCCUCUGGGUUUCUGGACCUGAGAGAAGACGCCAGGGGCAGCAUCCAGAUCGCAGGUGUCACGGAGGUCUCCACCUCAAACGCCCAGGAGAUCAUGCAGCUCCUCACCAAAGGCAACCGGCAGCGCACGCAGGAGCCCACGGCCACCAACAGGACAUCGUCCCGCUCCCACGCGGUGCUGCAGGUCACCGUGCACCAGCGGAGCCGUGGCGCGGACCUGGCGGAGGAAGUGUGCGUCGGGAGGCUCUUCAUGGUGGACCUGGCGGGCUCGGAGCGGGCGGCCCAGACCCAGAACCGAGGCAAAAGGAUGAAGGAGGGCGCCCACAUCAACCGUUCUCUGCUGGCUCUGGGCAACUGCAUCAACGCGCUCAGCGAGAAGGGCGGCGGCCGUGCGCAGUACGUGAACUUCCGCGACAGCAAGCUCACGCGCCUGCUGAAGGACGCCUUGGGUGGGAACAGCCACACCGUCAUGAUCGCCCACAUCAGCCCGGCCAGUACCUGCUUCGAGGAGUCACGGACCACGCUGCUCUACGCCUACAGGGCCAAGAACAUCAAGACCAGGGUCAAGCGCAACCUGCUGAACGUGUCCUACCACAUCGCGCAGUACACGGACGUCAUCUCCCAGCUGCGCGGGGAGAUCGAGCAGCUCAAGUCCAGAAUCGAGAAGCAAGAAAAGGAGAGGAAGAGCGAGCCUGGGCUCCCAGUCACGCUCAGCCCCCACGACGCGGAGGAGGACAGUCGCCUGCAGAUGAACAAGAUUCGGGCUCAGCUGGUCGGGGCCUUCAGGGAGCAGAAGGAGAUGCGGCGCAGCCUGGUGGAGCUGGAGAACACCACCGUUGAGCUGCACAUGGACAUGUCCCGCCACCUGCUGACCAUUGCCGACUGGGAGCGGGAGAAGACCCACCUCCGCGCACACAGCGGCCAGGGGGAGCCCGAGAAGGAGGAGGCGCCCGCCGACGCUGACGGGGACGAUGGCGAGUCCACGGAGCCGCAUGAGGUGGCCCUGGCCAGGGAGGAGGUCAACCUGCUGUUAGCAGAGCAGCGCAAAACAGCAGCCCUCAAGGCAGGGCUGGAGCGGCGCCUGGCCCACGCCAAGCGGAAGGCCUCGCAGAUGGAGCAGCUGCUGCCCCGGCACGUCAGCAGCGAGGACCAGCGGGAGGUGCUGCGGCUGCUGUGCAGGGCCCACGAGCUGGAGGUGGAGAACACGGAGCUGCAGGCCAGCAACCUGUGCCGCAAGAACCUGCUGUGCCAGAAGGACUUCGUGAUCCAGCGCUACCGCCAGCACCGGCGCCUCUGCGAGCGGCUCGUGGCCGAGCAGCGGCGGCGCAUGCAGGACCGAGGCGUCCCUGUGCCCGAGCCCCUGGACAAGCAGUACCGCCUGUGCUCGCAGGAGCUGGCCGAGGGCGCCCUGGACCACCUGCUGCUGCUACACUCCGUGAUGGCCAGCUCCCUCCGGGAUGGCUCUGUCCUCAGUCUGUCUCCCUCGCUGGGAGAGUCCAGCCGAGACCAGCCCGAGGACCUGCAGGACCUGCCCUGGGGCACCCAGUGUGAGCUGCCCCCGACACUGCUGGAGAGAUACAGUGACAGCCAUGGGUCGCCGAAAGCCACACCAUCGAUGAAGCUGGGCAGGCAGGACUCGAUCCGGCCCCCACCCCCACUGCACACCCUGCUGGUGCCUCUGACUCAUGAGAGGCCCGGCUUCCUGAGCAGGAAGAGUUUGGCCCCCACACUGCGCCCCGCGGCCAGCCCGGAGCUGAGCGCCCUGCGGCCGUCGGGGGAGGCUGGCGGCUCGGCCCUGAGCACUCAGGCCCUGAAGGAGAUGGCUGCAGGCACCAAGAACAUCGCCCUGGUCGCGGCCACCCGGCGCUGCAGGGUGCAGGACCAGGAGGGCAGCAGCGGCCGGUCCUCCUGCCACCUCCUGGAGGAGACUGCCCCAGGUCCCAGGGACCGGAAACCCAGCGCCACCCCGGGGCCUAGCCCCACAGACAGGAUGUGGCCCGGAGCCAGCCCGUGCAGAGACCGCUCCGUGGAGAGGAGGGGCGGGAGGAAGAUGUCACCCUCCCUCACAAGGAGCACGCAGCUGGUGGCGGAGAAGCCUCGGGGCCCUGCUGUGGAGCCGGCGGGAGAGAGCCAGCCGCCCGCUGCGCCGGCCAAGCCGCCCGGGAGGAGCUUUCUCCCUCCCGUCCCCACAGCCUCCAGGACCAAGCCCGGCCUCGGCUUCCACACAGAUGAACACAUGCUGCGCGUGCCAGAGGUCAGCUUCACCUUCCCCAGCGCCACGUGGCGGAGCAGCCCAGCCCCAAGCAGGGUGCCCGUCCUGCCCAGGGACAUCCGAGGGUCCGCAGACAGCACAGGCCGCCUCCACAGCCCACUGCCUCCCAGCAACCCCCACAAGCCACAGGCCGGCAGCGCCAAGAGACUGAGAAGACCCAAAUAGAUGGUGGCAGCGGAGCAAGCACUCGGGGGUGGGCUGAGGACCUGACCCGGGCACAGGGGCCUCUUUGCCCCGAAGGUGGACUUCAGAGACCAGGACGUGUCAGGGGAAGCGUUCCCAGGUCCCAGCCUCCCGCAGCUCCCGUGUGGACUCGGGCUGCCUCAGCUGUCUGGGGAGGGCUGCCCUAGAGGGUCCGAGCCCUUCCCAAGGACCCCUUCACUCCGGGGCACUGCCCACACCUGAGGCUUGGGCCACGGGAGGCACUGCAGGUAGGAGGCGGGGGACAAUCUGUGCCCUCCCCUGCAACUCUUGGCCAGCUGCAGAGUGGCACUGCUGCCCUCGAACCAAACACACGGGCUCUGGAAAAGACCACAAAGCUCUCCCACUCCCAUGAUGCCCCCAGCACCGCGGCCCUGUUGGGAACAAGAAGUGCCCGGUGCCUGGAAGUUGCACACGGAGGCCGAGCGCACGGGCCCCGGCGGGGUUGGUGUUCAGUGUUUGGGGCUCUGCAGUUUCAGUCAUCGGUCCCAGAGAAGCCCCGAGCCCUGUGCAGAAACGGGACCUGCACCCCUGGGUGUGAUUUUGGCGCUUGCUGUGGUUGCAAACCCAGGAGUCGGCCCUCGCUCUUGGGGUCCCCUUGUCUGGAGGCUGUGGGGUCACCUCUGAGGCAGAAGGCAACUCUUCUGUGCUGGGAUGGCCACCUGGCAGAAACAGGCAAGGCCAAGGUGGGGGCCGAGAAGACUCCGGAAGAUCCCGCGGCCCUCGAGGACGGGGAGGGUGGGGCGUUCGUGUUCUCUUGCCUGAGUGGGAAGUGGGUCCCUGGACGUGGGCACCCACCCAUGCCAAGCAGACUGCACAGCCAGACGCCGUGGCCUGGCCGCCCCGUAGCAGACCCGUCAGGGAGACAGCCCCAGCUUCUGUGGGCAGCGUGUCCUUUCUGGGCCUUCCUGACGGGAGGAGGGGUCCCAUCUGUCUCUGGGGUGGCCUGCUGGGGGCGCCAUCUGUGCCCUGUUCUCUCACCAGAGGGAACAGCUGCACCUGGGUGGGCCCAGCGACUUUGUCUUUGCUACCUGACGGCAGAUGUCGGAGCUGAAGCCUGCCUGGGUGGCAGGUCCCUUAGGUCUGGAGGGCCCCGGUUCUGCCACUGAGAGCUGGGGUUCAUGGACAGACUGCUUAGUUUAGGGGUCCUACAUCAACAGGGCCGUGUUGCAGCAGCGUAGGUUAAGCCCCGACUUGUGACGCUGGCAUCCCCUACCAGAGCGCCAGCUCGGGUCCCUGCUGCUCCACUUCUGAUCUAGCCCUCUGCUAAUGCAUCUGCAAAGUGGAGGACGAUGGAAGUCCUUGGGCCUCCACCACUCAUUGUGGAGCCUGGAUGGAGUUCCUGGCUCCUGGCUUCAGCCUGGCCCAGACCUGACGGUUGGGGCCACUGGGGGCGUGAACCAUUGGAUAGAGAGAUCUCGUUCUCUGUGUCACUCUGUCUUUCAAGUAAAUAAAUAAUUUUUGAAAAGAAUUAUACAUUUAUUGUAAUAUGUGUUAGAAAAACAUAAGCAGAUUGCUUCUGGCCAUUCCAGUGGCCAGGAGGGCUAAGCAGGGGGCAGAGGGCUUGGCGGGACUGUGCUGAUGGGUGAGGGAGGAGGCGCCCCCUAAAGACCCCUCAGCCUGGCUCUUCCGGGGGUUCCAGCCGGCUCCUGGGAGAUGGGAUUGCUUUGGCGUGUCCACCUCCACACUGCAACACCAAGGUCACAAGUCCCAGCCAAUG